CGUAAACAUUACCAUUUUGCCAACCCCAGAACCAGUGCAGGGAAGGAAGAUGAAAAAAGGGUUUUAAAAGUUAUUUUUACCCCCCCUUGUGUCACUUCGCUCAGCCGACUACUGCCCCGUCCCGGUGUUUGGAGGUGUUUUUAGUUUAGUUUUGUUUUGGAACAUCUCGUGCUAGAAUGAUCACAGAGCUAGUGAUGAACAGGAUCCGGCAACUACUGCUAGCAAUCGUGGGUGUGCUGAAGCGGGCGAUGUGUUGCUUCUCGCGCCGCCGGAAACUGUCCGCUGGCGAAUGUGAGGUGCUGAGCACGGUCAGCGUCGAUCGGUACCCGAAUGCCGGCCGCCACGGUAAGAAUGUGCCGGAGAAGGAUUGGAACUCGUGGGACGAUUCGCCCAAAACGGUCGAGGAGCACAUAGAGCGGUACCGGGAAACGCUUGCCCAACCACCGUCCCCGACCGAACCGCAGCCAGAGAUGGACUAUUUUCAGGAUAUGGCGCCACAGAUCUCAUCGCAGCCGAAAAUCUGCAUCGCUACCGAAACCGAACCGAGCGAUUUUAGCCGUUUGGUGGCGAAAAUUGACAUUCCCGUUGUGAACGAAUUAGAAGACUGGAACGAAGGUGAUAGGAAUGGGUGGGAUGAUGCGGACGAAACCACCACGAAACAGUUGAUACGGGAAACGCGCAAAGAGUUGCGGGCCCAGCGACACCAGAACCGGCACCAGCUCGAAACAUCUUACGCAUGAUCGUGCGUGUAGGCGAGCGACCGCUUUGUGACUGUACAGAAACGCAAAAGGAAAACGUAUAUACCUUUCAAAACAAAACAAUGGCAAACACCCCCUACAACAUUUCUACACCUAUCUACUGCUGCCGGGAUGCUGCAGGGAACGUAUUUUCCGUUUAUCGUAUUUUUAGUCGGUUGAGAUGAACUGUGUUUUUUUUUAAUGUAAGCAAAAUGGAAAAACAAAACAAGAAAAGCAAAAAUGCUAUUUGCGAUUGGCGAGAAUAGUGUAACAGUAGUCAAUCUCGCGUGCUCGUGCCAGAGUAUUACUUCGCUACUAGAUUUCGAGUGUGAAAUCCGUCAGGAGAUGCUUAAGAGAUGUACAAGACCAAAUAAAUUGUUUUAUUUGAAGUCUUUCGGGAGUCUGCUUUCUCUCUG